AUGACAACCAAAGGAUUAAUAUUAUUAACAGUUCUUUGUUAUAUAAAUUUGUCUUAUACAAGACCACAGCAACAACAAGAAUCUUUGAAAAGUUUUUGGAAUACAGCAAGACCAGGAGAACUCUUAAGAUCCUUGGAUACUAUAACUUCCAGCACACAAUAUUUUACACAACCAGUAGUUGAGCACCUAGCAGAUAAACAUGAACCACAGAAAGUGCAAUUGUUAAGAAAAAGUGAUGAUGGCACUGCAGAAAAUUUAAAGGAUAACGAAGAAAACAUAACACUUAACUCCGAUAAAAUUUUAUUACAAAGAAGAAUUGGCGAGGGAUCGGAAGAAAGUUUGGAGGAGAAGUCGCCCUAUGAUUACGAUAAAGCAUAUGAAGAAUUUGUAAAAAAAUAUUUUGAUGAUUCAGUAACAGAUGCCCUCUCAGCUAGUGAAAGCUCAGAAAAUUCGCAUAAUGAACAGCUUGAUGCUGAGGCUUAUAGUGGCGAAGAGGAGUUAGAAUCUAGUGAGACGCUCGAACCUGUCAUUGAAGCCAGCCGAAAAUCGUCUAAAACAGAAAAAUGUAAAAAAGUUUUGCGUGGCCAACAAAAUUGUUUGAUUUGUAAAAAUCUGCGCAAUGGUGAGAACACCGAAAGUUGUUCGUACAAUAGAGAAACUAAACCGCAAAGUUAUGGGUUUGAAAAACAACAAAAGUUUCGCAAAUAUAGGGCCACACCAAAAACUAGUGAAAAUAAAGACACAAUAGAACAAAAUUCUGGUGAAAAGGUUUCAAAAGCGGAUAACAACAAAGCCAAUAUUACUUCCUCCUGUACUAUAAACAAAAUCAAAAAUAAAGUAUGUUACCAUUGUGAAACAGUUAAAGGCAAAAAAACAACAAAAUGUUAUAAAGAAGAGACACCCAUUGAAGGUAAUAGCAAUGAACGUACAAGAGACAAUAAGAAAAAUGUACAAAAAACUCAACAAAGAAUCUAUAAAAGAACACUUUCCUAUAGCUAUGAAAAUACUCCUCACACAGCGGGUAUGAGUAAUAAUACACAUGUUUUGGAUAAGCCUUUAAUACAGAAACAUUUUCUCCUUAAAGAGCUUAAUAAAAAUGAAAGAUAA